AUGGGCAAUCCAGCUCACCAUGGCAACCAACUGGCUGUAAUUUCUGACAUUGAACUCUGGUUAUCUUUAUUAUUCUCUCUCACCUGUCUGUCUCUCUAUAUCUGUCUGUCUGUGUGCAGUUCUCUGAUGCGUGUGCCGCGCUCCCGGCCCGUGUCUGGUUCAGGCGUGUGUGUUCGUCUGCGGGGCCUAUCAGUGGGGCAGGUGGGGGUGUGUAGGGCGCGAGGGGAAGUGAUGGAGUCGGUACGCAGAGCGGCUGAGAUGGUCAUCGACGAGUGUCAGCAUCAGUUCCGGAAUCGGAGGUGGAACUGCUCCACUACUCCUCGUGGUGUUAACGUGUUCGGACGUGUCAUGAAUCAAGGGACGCGGGAGGCGGCGUUUGUCCACGCCCUCUCCUCAGCAGCUGUAGCUGUGGCAGUGACACGAGGCUGCAGCCGGGGGGAGUUGGAGAGGUGUGGCUGUGACCGCAAAGUCAGGGGAGUCAGUCCUGAGGGGUUUCAGUGGUCGGGGUGUUCAGAUAAUCUGUCGUAUGGUAUUGCAUUCUCUCAGACAUUCGUUGAUGAGCCAGAGCGAGUGAAGGGCACGUCAUCAGGGCGACCAUUGAUGAACAUCCACAAUAAUGUAGCAGGACGAAAGGCUAUCCUCCACAACAUGCAGGUGGAGUGUAAGUGUCACGGUGUUUCGGGUUCCUGUGAGCUCAGAACCUGCUGGAAGGUGAUGCCUCCAUUCCGCAGAGUCGGUGCUGUACUCAAGGAACGAUUUGACGGAGCCACAGAGGUGCAUCUGACUCGGAUCGGUUCUCGCGCUGCUCUGCUGCCGAAGGAUCCCAACGUGAAGCCGCCUGCUGCACGAGAUCUCGUGUACUUGGCCACUUCUCCUGAUUUCUGUCACCUGGACCCUGAGAACGGCAUUCUGGGAACUGCUGGCCGCCGCUGCAAUGGGACGUCACGCUUAGCCCCGGAUGGCUGUGAGCUGUUGUGCUGUGGUCCGGGUUUCCGCUCGAGUCGAGCCGAAGUGGUUCAGCGCUGCUCCUGUAAAUUCUCGUGGUGCUGCUCGGUUCGGUGUCAGCAGUGCAGAAACACAGUGCUCAUACACACCUGCAGAGAAUGA